CUUCUGAGGAUGGUAUAUAUAUAGUCAGCUAGGUUAUCACAGUUCUCCUGGCAGCCAACAUGAAGGUCUUAGUUUUGAUCUGCUGUUUUGUCUCUCUACUGGCCCUGGCCACAACAGCAGAGGAGGAGGAGGUAUUGGAUUCUGUAUUGAGAGACAGAUCUCACAUCGAUGAGACAUUAAGACUGGCAGCAGAGGAGAAUGCAGGAAACUAUGCAGCUGCUUUGCAGAAACUGAGAAUGAUUUACCACAAUUCCAUCAGGCCUAUGGAACAUGCCUACAAAUACAGUGAGCUCAGACAACAUGAGAUCUCAGCUUAUCCAGGACGCACCCUGGGGGAUUCAGCCACAGAUGGAGAGAUAACUUCCAAACCCAUGGUCCUGUUCCUUGGCCCCUGGAGUGUGGGGAAAUCCUCUAUGAUAAACUAUUUGUUGGGGCUUCAAGAUACUCCUUAUCAGUUAUACACAGGCGCUGAGCCCACUACCUCUGAGUUCACUGUGAUCAUGCAUGGUGACAAAGUCCGGUCUGUAGAGGGCAUUGUAAUGGCUGCUGAUAGCUCUCGCUCCUUCUCUCCCCUGGAGAAAUUUGGCCAGAAUUUUCUGGAGAAGCUGAUUGGUAUUGAGAUGCCUCACAAGCUCCUGGAACGUGUCACAUUUGUGGAUACACCAGGAAUCAUUGAGAACCGCAAACAGCAGGAGAGAGGGUAUCCCUUUAAUGACGUGUGCCAGUGGUUCAUUGACCGUGCUGACCUAAUCUUUGUGGUAUUUGACCCCACUAAGUUGGAUGUUGGCCUUGAGCUAGAGAUGCUCUUCAGGCAACUGAAAGGUCGAGAGUCACAGAUACGCAUCAUACUCAACAAGGCUGACAGCCUGGCCACUCAGGAUCUCAUGCGUGUGUAUGGUGCUUUGUUCUGGAGCCUUGCACCCCUUAUCAAUGUGACUGAGCCCCCACGUGUGUACGUCAGCUCCUUCUGGCCCUAUGACUAUGCCCCUGACACCAGUGUUGAGCUCUUCAAGCGCGAGGAAAUUUCUCUCCUGGAAGACUUAAACCAGGUGAUUGAGAAUCGCCUAGAGAAUAAGAUUGCCUUCAUUCGUCAACAUGGCAUCCGUGUACGCAUCCAUGCCCUGCUGGUGGAUCGCUAUGUGCAAACAUUCAAGGAGAAAAUGAGCUUCUUCAGUGAUCCUGAAUUGGUGUUCAAGGAAAUUGUGGAUGACCCAGAUAAGUUCUAUAUCUUCAAGUCUAUCUUGGCCAAGACCAACGUCAGCAAGUUCGACCUGCCCAACCGUGAUGCAUACCGCGACUUCUUCGGCAUUAACCCAGUAAAUAGUUUCAAGCAGCUCUCUGCCCAGUGCUCUUAUAUAGGUGGCUGCCUACUGGAUAAGAUUGAAAGGGCCAUUACCAAUGAUUUGCCAGGACUCUUGAGCAGCAUCCACUCCAAUAAGAACCCUACCCUGUCCUCUUGUGAGGCCACUGGCUGUGGAGAGAAGCCCAAGAAUCGCUACCGACGAAACUGAGAGAGGAAAAAUGGGAAACAUUGGUAGAGCAAGAGCAGGGGGAAACAAAUCCUACUCCUCCCACAGGUCCGUCUCAGAAGUUGAGGAGAUCAGUUGAGGAGAUGUCAUCAGUUAUUUUUUAGCACAUUUUUUUUUUUAAUUGGGGAAAAGGGCCAGGGAUGGUGAUAUUUUGAUAAAACCUUCUGUUUUAGGCACUAAAUUAUUGAACUGUUAUAAGUUUGAAAUGGAAAAUUUAGAAAUAGGGGAAAAAUAAUGGCUGAUAUACAAAACAACGAGUCUGAUACAUUCAGUAUAAGCUGCAUUGACUGAGUAAGAUUGAAAAAAAUCAUAAUCUUGUUGGCAGGUUUGUAUGAAAUCUAGAAGGUUGUGGUUUUGUAAACAAAUUGUCUAUAAAAAGAACAUGAGCACAUCAGCUCAUGGUAACAACAUUCUGUUUUUUCAUACAGUAGGUGUUGAUUUUAUUUGUAGACUUGUGACUAGACUGGUAUCUUUCUCAUGUCAUAUUCUAUUUGGGGAAAAUCACUGUGCUGCAUGUUUAGUUACAGAAGACUUUAAAGGGGCACAUAUUCGUACAUUUUUACUUAAUUUCUUUAAGCACAUUUUCAUAGUAAAAUAUAUCUGCUUAUAACACUAUUUCCACAUGAAUGGAACGUGUCUUCUGGAAUAGUCACUUGAAUUUCAUAUUAGUAGUCUUUUUGUUUUCUAUACAUUUCAGGCAUUUUUGGAGAGAAACCUCUUUUUAAAAUGCUUAAUUGGCUUUAGAGUAUUAUGUGCCCGUGUGUUUUAACUGUGCAGGUGAUGUUUAUUGGGAAGUGAAUAAAAAAUUCAGUACCAUGUGAAUUUCCAAGUGGAAAAUGAAAUAAAAGUGUUUGUGAUUGUAAAA